AUGAUCAACUCAGGGUAUAAUUCAGACCCUGGGUCCAAGCCAGGGUCGACCCAGUCAUCUCCAUCGGGCACUGAGCACUGCCAUGAGGAGGCCAAGGAGGAAGAACGUUCUUUAUUGUGCAUGGCAGCUCUUCGUGGACAUAAAAACUUCGUCAGAUUCCUCGUUGAAUCCCAAAAUGCACACAUCGAAGAACUGGGCACAGUUGCAGUCCGAGGAAUUCUUGUACCUGGAGUGCGUGCUUUAUGGUGUGCUAGUGUUAGAGGCCACUACCGGAUAGUUGAAUUUCUCCUUUCCAAAGGGGCUAAUCCAAAUGGCGUUACUACUUUCGAAAGCUCUCCGUUGCGAGCAGCAUGUGAGCAAGGCCACCUCCAUACUGUCAGACUGCUUGUGCAACACGGAGCAGAUAUUGAUGCUACUAAUGAAAGCUCUGUCACUUCUCUGAUGAUAGCUUCCUUCAACGGCUAUUUGGAAAUUGUCAAGUGCCUCUUAGAUGCUGGUGCUGAUGUGAACAAUAAAAAUAAAAACGGGAAAAGCGCACUGCAUUACUGCUCAGAAGCAGGCCAUGUGGAGGUCAUGAAAGCGUUGCUGGACCACAACGCUCUGAUGGAUGCUGACAGCACUGAAAUAAAACCCUUGCUGGUUGCAAGCAGUCGCGGUUACAAGGACAUGGUAGAAUAUCUAGUGACCAGAGAUGAUUUGAUAACUAUAAGAGAAAAAGUCGAUGCAUUGGAGCUACUUGGAGCUUCCCUUUUCAUCGAAACGGAAGAUAUAGUCACUACAAUCAACUACUGGACAUCAGCAAUGAGUCAGAGGUAUGUCAACGGCACCCUGAUUUAUCCAAAAUCUGAGGAUAAUUUGUCAUGUACUUCACAAGAGGACUUCAGUGAGGUCACCACCUUGCAGGAAUUAGAAGAUAUAGAAUUAGACCCUGAGGAAAUUCAUUUGCAGUCGCUUCUCGUGAUGGAAAGGGUUUUAGGUUCCGGUCACAUGCAAACAAUGACGAGUAUUAGGGAAAUGGGGCUUGAUUAUGUAGAUGAAGGUGCUUUCAAGAUGUGCAUUGACUUGUGGGUUCACGCCAUCGAUACACAACGCAAUUAUCUACAUCCACUAAAGCAGAGUAGGAUGUUUCAUUUCGAGUCGUUCGUUGGCUUGUUUGGAUUCAUGACGAACAGUGAGAACGCCCGUAUCGGGAAUUAUAACCCGAGGGAAUAUUUUGAUGAUUUUAUGUGUGUAUUUGAUAGAGUCGUAAUAGAAAUAGGACUAUUUAUUUCUUCAUUAAACAAUGCUGACGAUCAUGUAAGGAUGAAACGUGAGUUUAACCCUCGCCGGUUUAUGAAUAUAGCUUUGCAUUUAUUACUACCGUUUAUAAAAAUACAGCCUGGCCUCACAAAAUCUCAGUGGGAGACGGUGAAAGAAGCAUUGUACAAACUGGUGAAGUUGAAUCCCAGGAAUUCCUCAGGUUCGACUCUGCUGCACAUGGCUUGCUCCAGAAAAUUUAAGGACGUUGAAGAUUCGAUAAUACCGGCGUCUGUCACUGCCAAAACCGAAAUCGUAGACCUUCUGUUAGAGACUGGCUGUGAUCCUAGUGCCACAGACCACGAAGGUAACACGCCCCUCCACGAACUCGCCAUGAAUAAAGUGUGUCCCAAAGAUUUGGUAGAUGCCCUCUUGUCGGGUGGGGCUCACUUAGACGCAAUGAAUAGUCAGGGGCAAACUUUUGCAUCUUUGAGAGCUUCCCGAGGGCAGCCUGUUUCUCAACUGGUGAAUGUUGUUCGUCACACCUCUUUGCAAUGCCUGGCUGCAGCGAGCAUUCGGAGACAUGGGAUUCCUUACAAGGAUGUAUUGCCUUCCAGACUUGUGAAGUUUGUAGACAUCCACUGA